CGCGGUAUGUAGCGUACGAGUACGUAGUGGGCUGGCCGGGGGGUGGCUUUGGAUGGAUGGAGGAGGGUGGAUGGAUGUCAACGAACGAACGGAGGGGAGUAUCUAUUCGAGGUUUCGGAGUGUGAGUACUCUAGUAGAGGCAAUAGAGGUAGUGGUAUUGUGUAAUGAGGGAGGGGGGAGUGAUGGAGGUUGAGGAGGAAGAGGAGGAUGAGGAUGUGGUGGAGGAGGAGGAUGGUGAAGCUAUGGAUCGACCGUUUCGGGAAGGGAAGCAAGUCAGAACUGGUGAGCGAGCAAAUAGUUCGAUAGAUGCUACUCUGUAGCAGCAGCAGAAGCGGCGGCGGAUGGAGAGAGGUUGACACGGUGGGAUUGGGAUUGGGCUGGCUUUGGUUGGGCUCUGGCGGACGAGUAGGGGUGCGGUGUAAGGGUGCAAGUGUGCAGAGUGCAGAGUGCAGAGUGCAAGUGUGCAAGUGUGUAGGUAGCGCAGUUGGCUGGGGGAGGAGGUGGGUGGGAGAGGAUGGUGGUGGGUGGUGGGUGGAUGGUGAGCCAGGGUUGAAAUUCGCCAGGGUUUGGAGGGGGCCAACUUACUCGGAUUGGCUGGGGCAGGGAAGGGGGACUUUGACUCGACUCUGCACGAUGCUGGGGGGUGAGGUUUGUGAUGGAGGAGGAUGGAGGUAUUUUUCGGAGAGGAGGCAGAAUGGAACGGGUGAGGGGAUGGUGGGAGGGGACGGUGGAGGGAGACGGCGGAAGAGAUGGGAGGGAGACGGCGGAAGAGGUGGGCUUUCAGGGAGUGGGGAUCCGAAAGGAUGAGAACAGAGUAUAGACUUCGAGGUGGUAGAAUGAUGGACG